GGUGGUUCCGGAGCCGCCGCUGCUGUGAGGGCUGUGCGGGAGGAGAGGGGAGGAGAGGGGCUCCGCCGCCUCCGCCGCCUCCGCCGCCGCCCCUUCCGCCGCCUCCUGCCUUCUGCUCGGCGGAGAGGAGCCCGCCAUGCACCCCGUGUUCCAGAGCAGCCGGCGCGACUUCACCUUCGGGCCGUGGAAGCUGAGCGCCGCCCGGACGCACAUCAUGAAGUCGGCGCAGGCCGAGAGGUUGGCUGAAGAAUUGCACAUGCCUUCCCUGCCAGAGAUGAUGUUUGGAGACAAUGUCCUAAGAAUACAGCAUGACCAUGGUUUUGGAAUUGAGUUCAAUGCUACAGAUGCUUUAAAAUGUGUCAAUAAUUGUCAAGGUAUGAUCAAAGUCGCUUGUGCAGAAGAAUGGCAAGAGAGCAGGAGUGAGACUGAGCACAGUAAGGAAGUUGUCAAGCCAUAUGACUGGACUUACACAACAGAUUACAAAGGAACUUUGCUGGGAGAUACUGUAACAUUAAAGGUUGUUCCUACAACAGAACACAUAAAUACAGAGAAAUUGAAAGCCAGGGAACAAAUUAUGUUUUUUGAAGAGGUACUCCUGUUUGAAGAUGAACUUCAUGAUCAUGGAGUAUCAAGUUUGAGUGUGAAAGUAAGAGUUAUGCCUUCCAGCUUUUUUGUGCUGCUGAGGUUCUUUUUGCGAGUGGAUGGGGUACUCAUCAGGAUGAAUGAUACAAGGCUUCAUCAUGAGGCUGACAAGACCUACAUGUUGCGAGAAUACACAUCCAGGGAAAGCAAAAUAUCAAGUUUAAAGAAUGUUCCACCUUCCCUGUUCACGGAACCUAACGAGAUCUCUCAGUAUCUACCCAUAAAGGAGACAAUCUGUGAGAAACUAGAAUUCCCAGAGAAGCUGGAGCCCAAACCAGAAACAUCACUGGAAACCACAUGUGCUAAGUCUAAAUAAAUGUGACUUCAUAAGGACUUGAAGUAGACUGGAGAUAAUGUGAUCACAACUGUUGUCAUGGGGGGGACAUUUCACUACUAGUGGAAUGAAGAAUUUGGCUAAUUUUUCUGUAGCCUUUGGGAGAAAACAUUUCAAGCAGGUUUUGCUAAUGGUGUUUUUUGUUUGGAUUUUGUUUUUUUAACCUGUGUCUGGAGUUGAUGAUAGACUGGUGGCGAGUUACAGUUUUCAACAGCAUUGGAGAAAUGACUGUUGGGAGUCUGGGUUCUGUUUAGUUCACCAAGCAGGCAGGAGUAUUGUCUGGGCCCCCAUCUGCUAAUACUUCUAUGAAGAUUUUGUUAGUGCUGCUUCAGAUACUAAGAAACUACCAGAGUUGUAAAACUGGCAUUUUAUUUUUAUUGAGAAAUAAUCCACAGUAAAAAAAAAAAAAUCCUCUGCAUUUAUUUUGAUCUGUCAGUCUUAAACUACCCAUUUUGCUUGGCUGCCCCUACUGAUAACCAACAAAGUUACUUCUUGUAGUUUCUGAUCCAGAGUCUCACCUAAAAAUAUUAAUUUGAGGAUAGGUGUAGGUGUAAGGAAGAAAAAUACAUUUGUUUGACACCAUAUAAAGGUAAAAUCAUUUGUGAGGCAUUAACUCCAGAGCAGGAGGAGAGCUGGAGGUUAACAGAGAGACCCUAGUAAGUCUCUUCACCAAUGCUAAUUUAAUCUGAUGUCAGCUGGAGUUCUCUGGGAAGUUUGGGGAUUCUCUGUGCAGUUCUGGGACUCUGACUUGGGGUCCCUGUGCUGCUCCAGUCAUGUAUGAUGCUGGAAAGGCAUUGUCCUGCACUGGCCUUCUCUUGGAUGUGCCCACAUGUGAUGGUUCUACUGCCCUGACUGCCAAAUUGCAAAACUGCAGUAGGGCUUAAGGCUGAGGAAGUCUGAUCCCUAAAGGAUGCUGGCAUUUUGAGUUCGAAAAAGAUCCUGUAUGGCAUUAGAAGGAUGCUAAUAUAUAUUCCAGAUACAUAAUUUGGUUUAUUUUAAUAUUCUUCUAAUGUUGUGAUCACUUGUAUUGUCAUGGUUUCAACACUCUGUAGAUGAAACUGAAAUACUUCUAUUGCUUUUGGAAAUCCUGCAAUGUGUUACUGGUUUGGCCUAAGAAUGGGGCAGCUGAGCAGGCUUGUCUGGGUUUGCUGCUGACACUCAGUGCAGGAAGCAAGUAACUGCAGUGAAAAGCAGGCCUUGUGGUGCAAGGUGCUUGCAGAUAACACAUCCUGAUAUCUUGGUGUUUUUGUUUAAAAAUCUUUGUAUUAUACACUGCAUGGCUUACUAGAAGCAACCCACCACAAAACCAUAUCUUUUGUGAACUCUUUUUCAUGUAGAGAAGACUCUGAGGUUUUUAGGGGAGAAAAAAAAUCUACUGUCAUCUGAGUGACUGUUUCCUUAGUAAAAACAAAUAACACAUAAAUUACACUUCUAUUUGAGGAAGCCUGGUCUAGUUAAUUCUAUAGCAGAUGGAAAGGCAGGAACUGCCUGCAGUUUUUCUUGUGUCACUGAUUAACUGUGGAAGACCUUUCUCUAUGCCUCCAUUCCCUGUAUGUAAAAAUGAGAGUUAAUAUAUGCCUACCUCACAGAGGGACUGUGAGGAUUAGUUUGUACAAAGUUAUUGAUUAGAGUAUUUUUUUUCUGAGUACACCUUCAGCCUUAUCUUUGGAAUCCUUUGCAAAGGAUUACUGCAAAAGAAUGAUCCAUAGGAUGAGUGAAGAAAACUGAAAUGAAACAGUUUCUGAGAGAAGUUGUCAGCUGUAAGAAUUAUCAGACAUGAUCUGGGUGAAUGAAUUUUUCACCACUUCAAAAUAGAAGUGUUCCCCAUUACAGUCCUAAAUUCUGUUGGCUUUUUUUUAUCUUCGUGCUCUUAUUUCCUAAACAUUUUAGUGUCAGGAUGAAGAAGGGGAUUGCCAUUGAGUACAGCAUGGAAGAGAUUAAAAUCCAUUUGGUAAUAGAAGAUUAUUUUGGUCCAAUCCAGUGAUAGAGGGAAAUGAGGAAAGAGUGAAAAGGAAGGGAACAACAAAUGGGGGUGAAGAGAUUUUUCUGGUAGAAGUAAAUCAUGGCACUUCUUUUACUCUAAGCAUAUAUUAGUAUACAUGCCUUAGGGCUUAUAGAAACACACUUUAUAGCUGGUGUGACUGGGAGCAGAGGUCAUGUAGUGCUGGCAUGAAGGAAACUAUAACUGCAUCUUUUAAUUCAAACUCUAAUUUGGGCUUGGUCAGUGAUGCUAACAUUAAACUCCUUUGGGCUGAAAUAGAGUGUGGGUGGAAAAACCACUGAGUGAGGGAGGGAGCAGUGGAAAGGGCACUCUGCAUGUUUAGCUUAUACUGUGUAUUUUCUCUUGUCCAUCAUACAUCCUAAUUUGUGACCCAUUGGUAAAGUUUUAUGGAAUGGACUUGUAUCCUGACUAUAGGUACGUGCUCUCCAUCUGUUCUAAAGGGUAUUGUGCAUUUCAGUGGAACACAGGUGUUGGGGAAAUCACAAGAACACCUUUAGGAAGUUAAAGUUACAACAAGUUCAGAAUUGGAGCACUUUGUGACUUUCUUACACCACACAGAUUACCAAGAAGCAGCAGUAUAAACUGGCGUUCAGCAAGCUCUCUGGCACAAAAUUUCCACAGAAAAGUACCACUUUGAAGAAAUAACUUCGGGGGGAGGGAGUGGGGUGAUUCUCCAGCUGUUUUGUGUCAAGUUUUAUGUGGCAGUUUAUAUUGUUCCUUGUAUGUUGCUAAAUAAAACGUACUAAACAUUUACA